CUGUUAUGGGCAUUGAUACUUCCUGCUUCCGGUGAUGUUUGUUAGGUUUAUGUUUGAAGUAUAGCACGUAUUCAUGAGGCCGUGACAACAAAAAACGAUAAAAUCAUGGCUUUUCUUGGCACAGUUUUAAUUACAGCUUUGUCCUUAGCGUGUUACGGUAUUGUUAUUUCUAUUCUUUAGGGUAAAACGUUGAGAUUUUGUUGUUUUAAGUAAAAGAUGUGAUGUUGUGUUUUCACCACUAUCUGUUCAGAUCUGAGACUAUCACUCACGCUAAACUCAUACAAAAGUUGUAGCUGAGUAGGUUCAGUGGGUAGACCUACUAGUUGGUCAGUUUAAACUACAUUUUACCAGUAAAUGUCAUUUAUCCUUUAGUAUAUAUUAUAUAAUUGACAUAAAUAUACUACUUUGGUCUAAAGUUGUACUGUACAGUAAGUCAAAUUAACUAGUCAAAGACAAAUGUAAGGGGUAUACGGCGCUCAUAAAUCAUGAUAAUUGUUAGACAAUGUAGUUAUUUAAAGUUUAGUUAGCCAUGAAACCAUUUUAUUUUUAUGUCAUAGGGUUAGUUGUAUAUAGUAUUAGUAUUAAUUAUGUUACGACGUAAAUCUAUUAAUGUAAAUUAACAAUUUUAACCACAAAUUAAAUAAAAAUAACAUUUUCCCCAUGACAAUGCCUACUAAUGCAUGUAACACAGUGCGCAAAAUGUAAUUUGAUCUAAAUGAUUAAUUACUAUAAUUAAAUAUUUUUUGUUGUAGUUUCUGCCCAACAACCUGAGAUUGUAGAUGAAAUCUGGCCCGAAGUUCAGCCAAUAGGGCGUACUGGUCGCAUCAACUGUACAGUUGCACGUUUGGGUGAGAACACUGUAAGUCUGUUUUAUAUAAUAUAACGAUGUUGCAUUAACAUCUUUUAAAUAACCAUCCAUUUUAUUUGGGCCUAUGUGUUUAAAAGAAAUAAUUUUAUUUGAAAAGGUUAUCAGAGAUUUCAGAUAUAUUUUUCUAAAAUUUAAUCCUGGCAAAGUCAUUUAUAAAAUAUGUUAAAAGCCUGGCAAUGGCAUUAAAAGUCUGAGUAAAUCAUUUAAAGGAGUUGGAGCAACCAAAAUAAUGCCACUCUCAACUUCAUCAUAUCUUGUUUACACUAUAUUUGAAAAAAGCUGAUAUGUUGCACAAUCUGUUAAAACUUUAUAGAUGUUAAUCUGUUAAUUUGAUUUAGAUUGUUCUCUUAUAAUUUUAACUCAGUUGUGUUAUAUACAAGAGAGACACUCACAUGAUCAAGGGCAUCUUUCAGUGGAUUAAUAUUGCAGAAAUGUGUGCAUUUUAUGAACUAGGAAACUUUUUACAUAUAUUUUUUAAGUUUUCCAACUUUGCCAUUAAGGGUACCAUUGAAAAAAUCCAUGUCCCCACAAAUUUAAUUUCAUUUGAUCAUCUUCCUAACUUAGGUGACCUGGUAUCAUGAGCAGUACUCACAAACAAUUUCUGUUGGAGAAACCAUUGAGGUCAAGAAUGAUAUUUUGGGAGGAUUGCGGAAGUAUGAGGUACAGAUCAGGAGAACCGUAGACCGGGUUACAUAUAUGUUGGUCAUCAGACGUUUGCGGCAACAAGAUGCAGGAAACUACACAUGCACUGUUCGAAUCCAGUCCGUAUCUGACAACCAGUGGCCAAGGAAGAGAGGGUCACUGAUAGUUCAAGGUCAGCUGUCCCUUUUUUGUAAUUUCUUUGUUUUAUUUUUUUUAUGUUUCAAAUAAUUCUUUUUGUCUUUGAUAAUAAUAGGGAAUAUGCUGAUGCAGAACUGUCUUGGGUAGAAAUUUUACGCUUUAUUCAACUGGAACAAAAUUAUAAUCUUAAAAGAAAAAAUUAAGAAUUUCACACAAGAAAAUAAAAUUGUUUUUUCUUUGUCAAGACUGAGACCUUUCUGUGUCCUUAAACACUGGAAUUCUCUUUCAUUAAACAUCCACAAUAUCCCAACCAUCACAGUCUUCAAAACACUCAAAUUACAUCUUUUUAACUGUGACCGCUCGCUUUCGUUUGUAAUCAUUGCAGUAUGAACUUAAUGAGUUUUGUUAAGUUUCAGGGUUUGAAAAAUGUGUAAAUGAAAAUUCAGGUUUCAAGAAAUUUUUAGAAAAGGAUUUCAGGGUUCACAGCUUUUAGUGAGUGGCACCCUUGCAGUCCUGACUAUCAUUUAAUGUUUGACUAGAUUUCAGUUCUGCUGGUUAAGUCAGAAACCAUGUUAUAGGAUCAUUGAUGGUUGCAAUGUUUUAACCACAUUUGUUUUCAAUGUUUCAGUGGCUCCAACCAUCAGGGCAGGUGACACCACAGCUGUACUACAGGUCAACAGGGGAGAGAACUCAAGUUUGCAGUGUGCAGCCACAGGUAUUCCUUACCCCAACAUUACCUGGACAAGAUCAGAUGGCGGCUUGUUACCUGUCAUACCAAACCCUGUUGCCCAGUAUAGAGUAAGUUGUUACCUGUCUUACAAGGCCCUAUUGCCCGUAAUAUAGUAAUUUAUUACCUGUCUUACAAGGCCUUAUUGCUCAGUAUACCAGACCUGUUUACUCUCAAACUCUUAAAUUGUACAAUGUCAUCACAAAAUAGUUCAAUACAUUAUCUUAAUAGUAAAAAAUAAACUUACAGUAUAUAUUUAUGUAUACAUCUCAAAAUCGUACAUUGUACGCCAAAAUUGUAAGAGUAAACAGGUCUGGUAUACAGUAAGUUGUUACCUUUCUUACAAGGUCCUAUUACCUAGGAAUUGAGUGCCCUAAUAUUUCCUCAACUCACAACUGUUAAAAUAUAUUUGAGUUCAUUCUGUUCAUCCAUUCCAUAAACUAUGCUCAAAGAGGCCAUUUAAUAUUAGCUUAUAUAAAGUGAGGACAUAAUUUCCUCAUACAAUUUAUAACAGUAUUUGUUUUACAGCAAUGUUUAUAUUUUUUUUUAAAUACUGGAAUUCAUCUUCUAGCUUUUAUUUUAUUAACUUGAACAGGUCAUGUUUAUUUCUAGCAUUCAGAUAUCUAUGCAUUCCAAUCAUGAUUUGGGCAACAAGGCUUAAUGAAUUUUAAGAUCACAGCAAAAUGUUCAGUUUUAGAAUACCGGUAUUAUAAAAGAAAAAUAUACUGUAAAGUUUAUUGAGUAUAAAGAUGUCUUUUUUUUAAUAACUUUUCCUAGAAAUAUAAUGUAAACAGACUGUGUAUAUCUAUUAUGAGAAAAAGCUUCUUGGAGAAUUUUGGAAAAUUAAUUAUAAAGCUAAGCAUUUUUAAACAAAUCUUUUGUGUCAGUUGUUGAAACCAUUCUGUACAUUUGUUUUGAUAGAGUCCCCAACUUCCGUUGGUUAAUGUUGACAUCCAACACAUGGGUGUGUAUCGUUGUGUUGCUGACAACAACAUCAAACCGCCAGCUGAACACUUGGCCGAGGUCUUGGUUUUCCAUGCACCUAAAACUCGUGUGGUGCAAGAUUCUGUUGGCCAGGCACAGAACAGAAGGUUUCAUGCCAAAAUAGAGUGUAUUGUGCAAGGUAUGUAUUUGUUUAUAAAAUAUCACCUGUUAUACAGAGAGUGGGAAAGUUAUUUGAAAAAAUGGGGGAAAUAAGUUGCUGACAUUAUCAAACCUGUUUACCUCUAAGAUAAUGCCAUUAUGACUACGAUUUGAGGCCUACGCUUAUGGCACUAUAAGGAUGCUAGGAAAAAAAUAAAAUACAUUUUUUUUAAAAUGGGUAAUUUCAGUAAGUACUAAAAAUAUUUUUUGUACUUACACAGUAAACAAAUUAAUGGUCUCGAGCCAACUCAGAAUUUUUUCUAUUACACAUAAACGUUAAAUACUUAAUUUUACAUUACAGCCAUUAAUUUUUUUUAUGGUAAUUCUCUAAUAGAAAUAGGUGCAUCAUUUAAUUUUACUCAGCGGCUAGAGCUGCUUGGGGUGGGCUAGGAUUUUAUGCACUUGACUGCAAAUGCCUGCCCUUAAUUUUUUUUUAAAGUAAUGAAUAUAGUGCUGCCCUUUCUGCACCCCUUCAUAUGCCACUAUUUUUAUAUCUCUCUGCAGUACUACAAAUUUUGUCAUUACCACACAAAAUUGUGCUGUUUUGUUUUUUGUUUUGUUUUUGUGGGGGGGGGGGUGUUCUUCAAAAAAAAGCAUGUGUUUCCCAGCCCUUGUUACCAGCUCCUGCAGUGUACCCGUAAAUGAUGUCCAUCAUGUUUAAUUAUUACAAUCUCUGAAGUUAAUAUGUAUGAUAUAUUUAUUUCACCAUUAGUUCACCCGUAGCCAACAUAUCUCUCUGCAGUACUACAAAUUUUGUCAUUACCACACAAAAUUGUGCUGUUUUGUUUUUUGUUUUGUUUUUGUGGGGGGGGGGGUGUUCUUCAAAAAAAAGCAUGUGUUUCCCAGCCCUUGUUAACAGCUCCUGAAGUAGACCCGUAAAUGAUGUCCAUCAUGUUUAAUUAUUACAAUCUCUGAAGUUAAUCUUUAUGAUAUAUUUAUUUCACCAUUAGGUCACCCGGAGCCAACAGUUACAUGGGAGCGUGUGGUCAACACAGGUCGUGUGCGUAUUACUGAUGAUGACAAGUUUGACAUCAACAAGCAGACUACAGACAACCAGAAUCUGAAAGCCAUGGAGCAGUGGUAUACAAUGAAGAUCAAGAAUGUGCAGGCCAAUGACUACACAACCUAUUUCUGUAUAGCUGAAAACAACUUCGGAAAGUCUAAUUCAACAAUUGUUCUGUUUGGUAAGCCUAUCAUGUGCUCUGUGCUUAUUUUUGCAUGGUAAAUAAAUAGAGGAUCUAGAGAUGUUGUAGGUCUUUAAAAUAAAAGAUAAGACAAUUAAGUGGAUGCUUCAGAAAGAUCCUGCCAUCUUCAGCAGACAACACAAUAAAAAACAGAUAGAUUUUAAUGACAAAUCAAACGUAUGUACUUGAAGUUCUAAAAAAAAGUCAAUGUACAGAGGGACAUGUUUUUGAUAAAUAAUGUAAACUAUCAAAUAGUGUGGUUUCAUCCAUUUUUAAUUUACGCAAAAAAGUAAUAUUAUCAUUAAGUCCCUGUUUCAAACAUACACUUUUGGAUGUCUCUCCUAAAUAAUAAACACCCCAUCCCCAGGGUAUGUAAUAUUUGGAAGACCGUAUUUUAGUGAAGCUUGUGAAGUGCCUGGGAAUUAGAUAUAUUGCUCAAGUUGUGUAAUUUCUCUAAUGAAGUAAUUAUUAUAGUAUAAAAUAACAUUUUAAAACAUUUGGUAGGAGUAAAGAAGACAUAAUUAGUUCAUGAGAGGCCAGAUGAUCUACUGAUGUUGUCAUUUUACAUGACAUUGGAGUUAAAAGGUUUUCAUUUUAUCAAGCCUAACUCAAAUGUCAAACACCGGGAUGACUGUGUAUUGUAUUAUUUGUAUAGUCCAUAUAUUUGAUUAUAGAUAUUUUCAACAUUAUGUAACAAAACCCAUUUAAUAGAAAUGUCUCAAUGUUACAUAUUUUCUUUCUCUAAACAGAGACCACUGAGUGCCAAGGACCUAACUGCCCUUCUCUUCCUCCAUCAAGCUCACCAUCAUUUAUUCUAACAUUGAUGACAACACUCCUUGUCACCAUGGUACAUGUUCUGGUUCAUUUGUAAGGGUUUGUGCGUGUUAGAUAGUUUUUCCUUUUGUUUUUGCUUUGCUCUAAGAGGAAAACAAAUCUUACAGACUACCGUUGACCAUUCAACUUUUAUCUAAAAAGUGCUAAUUUUUGUGUGCAUGAUGGGUGCACAAUUGUAAUCCUAACUUUCUCACAGAGUAAGCGAAACUGAAGUAUUCUCCAUUUGUGACUAACAUCUCAUUGUGACAGAUUCUUAUUUUAAUAAAGAAACUAUUUGAAAGGUUCUGUAGUCAUAGUUAUGUAGUACUCCUGCAUCUUUUCAUCAUUUCAGUUUAAAGUAAUUCAAAUAAGAUUGUUAAGAAAACUGUAAUGAGCAUGUUAAGAAAGUCUAAUCAACAUGUUAAGAAGAAAACUCUAUGCUAUUGUUAAGAUCAUUUUACCGAUAAUGCCUCAACAUAAACAUUUUUUUGUCUGGAGUGUUCAUUGCACAGUAAACAUAUAUUCAGAUGUGACAGUAUACACUUGGUAACUUAGCAUGUUUACAAGCAAUUAGCCUCCAAAGUUUAUAAUCAUUAAAAAAAAAGGUUUGAAUAAGAUUAUUGUAAAUGUAAUGUUGACAUUUUUGAUUGAAUGAAGUGUGGCUGUACGUAGUUGCUGAUAGACUUCUGUGUAACCCUGUUCACAUUCCUCAAAAUGUAAAUAACAGUUUAUUGGAAAUUUUUUGUACAGUUCUUAAAUUUUUGUUUUAAGUUAGUAACUAGUAACUUUGUACAGCCUUGAACUUUCAGACAUUGAAAUUGUGGAUUGUUAGCACAAGUGAAACGAGUGAUGGUGUAACAACCACCUCAGUAUGUAAGACAUGGGAAAAUAUUGACAUGUAUCUGAAUAUACUGGUGGGAGUUCAUUUCACUGUGUACCCUUUCGUGGUGAUUUUCUAAAUACUUGUAGCAUAUACUGUAUGGAUGUUGUAUGUCCGAAAAUUAUGCAAGAUACUCUGGUUUGACGGUGUCCUAUGAAUGAAGGAAUGAUAUUUUUUUAACCUAAUUGCAGUUUGUUUGUGAACUUUUCAACAACAUUUCAUUCUGAGUUGACACAUUUUUAGGAACUUAACCCAAGUAAGAAUUUCCUUUGUAAAGACUGUCAUACUGUUGUACAGCUCUAGGCUCUUGUUUUUAUAAAAAUAACUUUUUUUUUCCUUGGAUGUGUGGUUUGCCUGAUAACACUUGGAAUAUUGUGAAUAAUUGGUUGAAUAUACUCAAAUAUAUUUUGUACAUCAUACAUUAUAUCUCUCCACUUGGAUUUUUAAGAUAUUUUCAUAAUUUUAAGAAAAGAUCUGAUCUUAUCAUUUAAAUGAACAAACCAAUCUAUUGUGACUUUGAAAUGUGUAUACCAUUGAGAAGGCAGCUGUUUCCUGUUGGGUUUCCUCUGAGCUGAACAGAUUAGAAAAGUAUUUUUUUUAUUGGUGGGCCAAUUUGUGAAGAAAUGUUAUCACAUGAAAAUUGUAAUUAUUAUUGGAUAGUUUCCAGAUGUGUAGCUGUAUUUUCGUCAAUUUGAAGUAUAAAUCUUUUGCUACAGUGAGGCUUAGUUUGUACAUGACAAUUCAUAAUGUUCUAACUUUUUGAUUUAUGCUACAUGAACUAGACAAUAAAAGACUUCCAUUUUUUUUUC